CCCUCCCGGGCUCAGGGCUGAUCCGCUGGCUCCAGCUGGAACGCUUCGUCGCUCGUUUCCCUCUGAGGGUUUUUUUCGGUAGCGGUAUACCGAGGAGAGGCUCCGUCCCUCAGGCACCCUGCCUCACCCUGCGGGGGAAGGGAGCUGGGUGGGGGCAAGCCAGGAAGGGAGGAUCUCAGUGGCUCUCCUAAAAUCUAUCAGCAGGCUGCGAGGAGGGAAGAGUUUGGCACUUCGCAGCCGAGGCUGGGCUUGUUUUCCCUAGCGGUGAUGCCGCUGGACUGAGAGCGGCGCGGCCGUGCAAGUUAGGGGGACGGAGCCCCCCCUUCCACCGCCCCCCAGACCCGGUCCAGCGCCUUCAGCCCCGGCGGCUCGUCCCUGCCGCCCCACUGCAUGAGCGCUGCUCCGAGGACAGGGCGGUUCGGCGCCUGCUAGGGCUGCUCUCCGCCGCCCCCCAGACUUCCCCACCACCGACGAGGAGCGGAGCGCACCCCGCACCCAGAGAGUUGACUCGGCAGGCUCCGUGCUAUGGCGAGGCUGCGGAGGAGCAAACUAGCUGCUGGAUUUCUAUUACUUUUCCAGUGCCUGAGCGAGCGCUGCCAGCUCUCCGGCGGGGAGACGCCGAGGCAGAGCCGCGGUGCGUUUUAUGAAAUUGUUCAGAGCUUCCCUCGAAUGGAGGAAAAUGUGCGAGUGGAUUCAUAUGUAAGCAGCAACAGGUGGAGAAGGCACUCAGAGUCUCUCAAAUCAAUUGACACCAACAGAGCCAGCAUGGGGCAAGAUUCCUCUGAGCCAGGGGGUUUCACAGACCUGCUGCUUGAAGAAGGACAUGACAACACCACCCAGAUUGAGGAAGAUACAGAUCAUAAUUAUUAUACUUCAAGGACGUAUGGCCCAUAUGAUUCUACCAGUCGGGAUUUGUGGGUCAAUAUAGACCAGAUGGAGAAGGACAAAGUAAAGAUUCAUGGGAUCCUUUCCAAUACGCAUCGUCAAGCUGCAAGAGUGAAUCUGUCCUUUGAUUUUCCAUUUUACGGUCAUUUUCUACGUGAAAUUACUGUGGCAACUGGGGGUUUCAUAUAUACUGGAGAAGUUGUACAUCGAAUGCUAACAGCUACCCAAUAUAUUGCACCCUUAAUGGCAAAUUUUGACCCCAGUGUAUCAAGAAAUUCAACAGUCAGAUACUUUGAUAAUGGCACAGCACUAGUUGUCCAGUGGGACCAUGUACAUCUGCAGGAUAAUUACAACCUGGGCAGUUUCACUUUUCAGGCCACCCUUCUCAAUGAUGGGCGUAUCAUUUUCGGCUACAAAGAAAUUCCUGUCGCUGUAACACAGAUAAGUUCAACCAACCACCCAGUGAAAGUGGGACUUUCAGAUGCGUUUGUGGUUGUGCACAGGAUCCAGCAAAUUCCCAAUGUCCGAAGAAGAACAAUUUAUGAAUACCACAGGGUGGAGCUACAGAUGUCAAAGAUUACCAAUCUCUCAGCUGUUGAAAUGAUACCUCUUCCAACUUGUCUCCAGUUUACCAGCUGUGGUCCCUGUGUCACUGCCCAGAUUGGUUUCAAUUGCAGCUGGUGCAGUAAACUCCAAAGAUGCUCCAGUGGAUUUGACCGUCACCGGCAAGAUUGGGUAGACAGUGGCUGCCCUGAAGAGGCAAAAGAUAAGAUCUGUGAGAAGAAUAUAGACACAACUGAAACACCUCCAUACUCCACCACCACCCUUCUGCCAACCACCACAAGGUUCAGAGUUUUAACAACCACCAGAGGAUCCACCACUUCCCACCUUCCAACUAGUCUGCCCACAGAAGAUGACACCAAGAUUGCACUGCACCUAAAAGAUAAUGGAGCUUCGACAGAUGACAGUGCGGCAGAGAAGAAAGGUGGAACGCUUCAUGCUGGCUUAAUUGUUGGCAUUCUAGUCCUGGUCCUUAUUGUGGCUGCAGCCAUCCUCGUGACGGUCUAUAUGUAUCAUCAUCCAACAUCAGCAGCCAGUCUCUUCUUCAUAGAGCGACGUCCAAGCAGAUGGCCAGCAAUGAAAUUCAGAAGAGGAUCUGGACAUCCUGCCUAUGCUGAAGUGGAACCAGUCGGAGAAAAAGAAGGGUUCAUCGUAUCAGAGCAGUGCUAAAAUUUCUGGGACAGAACACCAGUACUGGCCUACAGGUGUAAGACAUUUACUUUGCCUCUCUUUAAAGAAAAGGAGCCCUAAGCUGCUGUAGCCUGAUAGAAAGAAGAUUUUGGAUAAGCUUUGUCCAAGAAGAAAAACUAUCUAAGAUACCAGAUUACUACUGCACAGUAGUUUUUGUUAGUGGACUGAGACACAAUGGUUCAUGCAGAACACUUGUCAGUGGACACCUACAGUAUCAGAACUAUGGCACAAGUGCCAUAUUAUUUGCUUUAGGUGUGGGGAUGCACAGUAAUCAGAAGUAUAAUAAAGCUUUGGUGCACAAGAGUGUUGCCCUUUGGUUUAAGUGUUCUCUGUUAUCUCAAAGACUGAGGGACAAAUCUGUACUGUUUCAGUGCAAAGGGCACUGAAUAGUGUUCACAGGUGAUUGAGAAUAGUAUCUCAGUGCAGGUAAAGAAGAAAAAAGGAACUUACCAAUAUUUCUCUAAGCAGAUGUGAAAUACACACACUUUUCAAUUCUAAAUUAACCUACCCACCUAACUGAGCGAGUCACAAUGUAAAUGCUUUCCAGGAGUAGUAGGUUUCUUGUACAUUGCUGACAACAGAGAAUUUUCACGGUGGUGAAAUUAUUUCCUGGGAGUUCACAGUGAAGUUGGGCUGAUUUUCAGUUUCAGUGUUCACUAAAAAAUGAAUUAUCAGAUUUGUUUUAAGGAAUAUCUUUCAUUUCUCAGCAGGAGACUGAAGUAAAGGCAACAGAUCCUUUUAGCUGCCAGAGAGCUUAUGGACCAUUUCUUAGGCAAUGUGAUAUGAAAAAAUAAGAUUUAAAAUAAAUGGGUUUCUAUCCUUUGCCAUUUCAUUGUGAGUCAUUACUGAGAAACACCACAGACUUCAAUGCACCCCUUGCAGAGAUUCAGAUACAAGUGUUAUUGAACCCUGAUUCAUACAGUGGUUUUGUUUAAUGCACAUAGUAGUUGCAUAAAUAUAUAUAUAAAUAUAUUUUUUUUUAUAGCUAACACAAGGCGGGUUCUUGUGACUGUUAAGACUGCAUUUUUGUCAUCCAGACAAAGGAAAUGGAUUGCAUUACUGCAUAUUUCCACUGAGUUGUAAAAUAAUCCUUAAUAUUAGAAUAUUUUUAUGUUGUGUAGGGAAGGUGGUUCAUGUAGUUGCAGUGCCAUAAACUUUCUGCCUAUUGGAACCAUUCUUUCUUUAAUAUCGACCCUUUCCCUCCCUGUAUAGGGAAAGACAAGACUAUAAAUUCACACCAUCAAAAACAGUUACUCCUUUCAUGGAAGGGGUUAACAUACACCAAGACCCAGAGCUUCCAUGCGGAGUGGCAACCUAAAUACUUUGAUGAUCUGGGCCUGGGCUACUAAAAUAUAAAAUUCAGGUAUUGUAUGUAUAUUUCAUGGCAGUCAUUGACUACCAAAUUUUUUACAUACUGUGCAAGGCACUUGAAUGAUUUUAAAGUGAGGUAUGCAACAUUUGUGGGUUUUGUUCUCGAGCAGUUUAAAAAAGUUGUAGUUAUCACCUUAACAGUACAUUAUUUACAUUUCUUGUUGAUGCUUGUAUGGCCUAAAUUUGAUUACUUAAUGAUGUUUAAAAACAAACAAACAAAAAGAGUCACAAUUUUUACUUGUUUUUUUGUUCAGUAAAUACUACAAUACUAUAUUUUCUGUAUUCUUUUAUUUUGGGUAACACACUUCUAUUUUCAUCUGGUUUAAAUCAUCUAGCAUGAGAUUGAAACUGUUCAAAACCUAACUGGUAUUAAUCUGAAGGUACUAACAAACACAUUGUCUUGAAGCCUGGUGUAAAGCCAGUGGCAAGUAUUCAUUUCAAUUUGUGUGGGUCUGCUGAGCCCUGUUUCUAAUAAGAUGGGGUUAAAUUGCAAGCUGUUAAUUCUGAUAGCAAUAACCAAAUGUAUGCACAUAUAUAUGGUGACACAUUUUUUAUUAAAUAAAAAGGUAUCAGUGCACAUCAUUUA